AUGGCUGAGCUGCAGCCCGUCUUGGAUCUUCUGGCCACCGGGACCGCCAGUGGCGGUGAACUAUUCGAUGCCUUCGAGCCUCUUCGCCGCGACUCGAACGCGACAUCGUUGGAUAUUUCCAUCGACGAGGGCAAGACCUUGAAUGUCGUGCUCUUUGACAACCAUCAAGCCAACGUCGACUCUGCAUCGAUUGCCCUCAUGCAACUCCGAAAGAAUAUGUCCAACCAACAACUGGUCCUGGGCCUUGCGUCGUUUCUGCGGGCCAAGCGGCGCCAUUGA